CUCACUCGUCUCUGCUUCUUCUUCUUCUUCUCCUUCUGCUCUCUUCUCUCUCUCUCUCUCCUCUCUCUCUCAUCCGGUAUUUUCAAAGAAGCUUCUGCAAUGUCGUCUUCGUCUCAGAAAUUGACCAGUGCUUGUUUCGUGUUGCUCCUCAUCUUCAUUAUCGCCCUCACAGCGACGAAUCUCGGGAAUAACGGAAUCUCUCGAUCGAGGAAACUGAAAACAGAGGAUUCGCAGAGCUUUAACAGUUCAACAAUGGCGAUCAGAAAUGAAGGUGCAGAGUUGAAUGAACACGCAGUUGCUGAUCCAGACCUAAUCGCCCGUGAGGUCUCUGUUCUUGUUCAGAUUGAUCCAGGACGAGCCACUGUGGAUCGUUUUCAAAAGAGACAUGCUCUGGUUUUUGUUUGUCGUCGUGAACAGGUUAUGUUGCUAGGCCACUCUGAUUCACACACACAAGACAAGCUGAUGCAAGUGACCAUUGCGUAUAACCAUUUUGGUGAAGGACUUAUUCAGAGAAUGCCAAGAUGCAGGCAUGGGUAUUUCCAUGUGGUUAACAACGAUUACACACAUUGGGAGAUGUAUGCCAUUGGAGGAAGCGCAAACCCAACUAUACUUAGUCAAGGCAAUAGAUAUGCUGCUCCCAAAAACCUCUCGGCUAAGGAGGUGACAAAGAGGGUGAAGACAGAGACAAGUGAGUGGAAGAAGUGGAAUUGGAGAUCAGAAGGAGACAUGUUAGUGAAUGGAGCGUUUUUCAUACCAUCAGGUGAAGGAGCAUCAGCAAGCUAUUCACGUGCCUCGAGCUUAGCUGCUAAACCAGCCUCCAUGGUUGACUCAAUCACUUCUACUUCUGGUGCACUUGGUUGCAGAGAAGGCAAACCUUGCUACUAAUAUCAUCCUCUCUCAAAAAAAGCCUAACCUCUUCCACACGUUUUUACCAAGUGUGCAAAGCUUUUUUCCUUUUCCAUAGUAGAAAAUUUGGUUAAACCUCGGCUUGCUUCUCAUUGACAAGAUAGGAGCAAGGACAAGAAGCGUUGAUCAUUAGACACAUUCCUCUUACUGUUUUCUCUUACGGUUUUAGGGUUUGUGUGGUCGUGAUUUUAAGCGAUCACUCCCUUCUGAGUUUGGUUUUUAGGUAGUGAUUGUAGAAAGAAUACAUUUUAUGACAGUUGAAUGCUAAAAAUAGUAUAUUUGUUUUGUUCUUGUUCUAAUAUCUUCUGUUUGUAGUGUAGUCUUUGUUUUUCAACCAA